UCAUGUUUUUUAAUGGAUACACUGAAUAGUUAGAAAAGUUAUAUUCUAUGUUUAAAUUAGAAAUUAAUAUUCUAUUUUAGAGAUAAACUUAACUUCAAAAAAUGAAGAAAAAUAUUUCAUCCAACAAGUAGAGGAAAAGAAAAAUUAAAACUAGCUAAAACUUGUUUUUCUUUUUCUGAAAUGAUUGUACAAAAGGCACAUCUUUAAAUAGUUGAAUUUAAGUUGAAAAUUGACUAUUAGCAAUUUUUUUAUUCUAAAUUUUGCAUUUACAACAACGAUAAUGUGGCUCAGUAUUAGAUAAAAGCUCAUUCAUGUAAAAAAUUCUUUAUUGUCUUGAUUUUUUAACAAAAAGUAUUCUCAUGUAAAGCUUGUAAAUUUUAGGAAAUCAGAUAUGUUUUCAGGUUUAUGUAUUUAAAUGUAAAUUUUGUGCACAUUUUAGGUUAUACAAAGGAAAAUGAAUACUACAUUUGAAGACAACAAUCAGUUUCCUUUCUUCAACAAAUCACUGACAAAUGAGACUUUGGACAUAAAUAAUGAGCAUGUCAGUUCAGAGAUGGAACGGAAGCGAAGAAUUGCACAAAUAGCGUUUCUUAUUAUUUCUUGCAUAGGAAUUUUUGGAAAUUCUGUAUCGAUACUUGCUAUGGCAUCAUCCAAGAAACUACGAAGUCCAACAACGACAUUUGUCAUAACCCUCUGCAUUGCUGAUGGUCUUUUUUGUGUCCACACCUUUAUUAAUAAUACCAUGCCUCAGUGGAACCGCAAUCACUACUUUUGCGUUUUGAUUUCAGCAGCCAAAUGUUUCGUCGGUACCGAGUCAGUGUUUCUACUAGUAGCAAUAACAAUCAACAGAUAUGUGUGUGUUCAUUACCCAAAACACUACAGCUCUAUGUACAGAUCAAAAUACGUAGCUGGUCAGAUAGCUUUUACGUGGAUGUGUGCUUUAACCUUCGCCAUUUUGCCAUUUUUUGGAUAUUUUGGAACAUAUGGAUACCAUCCCAAAAGCGGACUUUGUGUCCUUUUGCAACCAAACUCGAAUUCGGGCACAAUUUCCUUUUUUACGACCUUUUUUGCGCUUCCAAUUACUGUCUUUGUGAUUUGUUACUCAAGAAUUUACUGGUCCACUUGUAAGUUAUCCAAGCAAUUAAGAAGUCUUGACGUUUCCGUGAAUGCAGCCUGUGACAGAUCUUCAAAUCACGUUGAUGCUGGAGAGAUGAAAAUUUUGAAAGUGAUGUUUGUCAUUUCGAUUAGUUUCGUGAUUUGCCUUCUUCCAAUGGGACUUGUCAAGUUGUAUGACAAUAAUGCAAACAUCCCUGCUCUUACAGUUCUAUCAUACUUGGGUAUCAACCUAGCAAACGUGAUUAAUCCUAUAAUAUACGUUUUGAUGGGUGCUGAAUACAGGAAGGCAUAUUUAGAACUAUUUUCAUGCAAACGAAUUCAGCAGUGGUAGUCGAGUACUUCCGGUACAAAUGUAAAAGCUUAAUUUUGGCACAAAUUUUAUUCCAAUUUUACUUUAUCUGGCAACAAUUAAUUUUUAAUUAUAAUUAACAAAAAUACUAUGUAACAGAAUUAUGAAUGUAAUUUAUAUAUUUUUUA